GAGAGAGGGAGAGAGCGACAUUGCCAGUUUAACCCUCCCACGGCUGAGGACAACUCCACUUUCGCGACCUGUAAACGAUUAGGAAAGACAGCUCCUCAACACUCUCAAUGGACAAACCAAUGGAAGAAACAGCACAGGACGAGGUAGCGAAAUUCUCAACCCUGGAUUAUGUGGUUUUCGGUGCCAUGUUGGUGAUCUCCUUCCUGGUUGGCCUUCUGUGUGGCUUUCGAAGGAACACUUCCUCUUCUCCACUCAAUUAUGUCCAAGCCAAAGGAUCCCUGUCACCACCAGCUAUCGUGUUAUCCCUGCUUGGCGGAGCCAUAUCAUCCAUAUCUGUAUUAGGAAUCCCCACAGAAGCUUACUAUUUUGGAGCGGAAUUUCUAGUUUCCUUCGUGGGCAUCACUCUGGGCAUGACGCUAGUGUACUUCAUUUUACUGCCUACCUUCUUAACCCUUAAUCUGGUCUCUAUAAAUGAGUACAUUGAGCUACGCUACGCUUCACUUGUGCUCCGGAAGCUAUCAUGCCUGUCCCAGCUGUUGAAUUUGACGUUGUUGAUGGGAGUUCUCUUGUACGCCCCUUCAAUCGCUCUCUCGACAGUUACCAACCUGCCAUCAUGGCCACUGAUGCUUGUCCUUGGAUGUGUAUGCACCUUCUACACCACUCUGGGUGGUGUGCGGGCAGUUGUAUGGACGGACGUGCUGCAGGUUAUUGUUAUGGUACUGGGCCCGAUAACGAUUAUUGCACUUUGCAUCACGGAGGUAGGCAGUGUGGGACAAGCAUGGACGAUUGUUCAGAAUGGUUCCCGCUUCACUUUCAACACUGACCCGAGCAUUUUCGUCCGCAACUCUGCAUGGGGCAACGCCAUCAACGGCUUUUACUUAACAUUAAUGUUUUUUGGUGUGAACCAAGCUGCCUUCCAGAGGUUUUCUUCCAUGAGAUCCCUGCAGAUGGCUCAAAGAAUUAGCCUCUUAACCGGUGUCGGGUGGAUCAUAUUGUGGAGUGUGUUCUUUUUCUCUGGGCUCGCCGCUUACGUGGUUUACCAUGACUGCGACCCACUGGCCUCUGGAAAGAUACGUAAACACGACAUGAUUCUACCCUAUCUUAUCAUGCACCGCCUUGGGCACCUCAGAGGCGUCGCCGGAUUGUUCGUAGCAGCAGUUUGUGGAGCCGUCCUUAGCUCAACUUCCAGUUAUUCAAACUCCAUAGCCUGCUUGAUUUGGGAGGAUUUUUUGAAAGGAAUUACAUUUUUCAGUCGUCUAAGCCCCACCAGCUCCGUCAUUGUACUGAAAAUGUUGUCUCUUAUGACAGGCCUGGUGGGAUUAAUACUGGGCAUCCUGAUGGACGGCCUGAAAGGACAUAUCAUGAAGAUAGCCAGCUCCAUAACGGUUUUGACAUCUAGUUCAGUCUUUACCGUCUACCUUGCGGGAAUCCUCAAUCCCUGGGUCAACUACAAGGGAGCCAUAACAGGGUUUGUGGUGUCGUCUUCCUUCAGUUUAUGGAUAACAUUUGGAAGCCUGAUGCAGGGGAUGUCCUCAGUCCCCACACUGCAUCUCUCCACAUCCGGCUGCAACAUUACGCAUAACAUCACAGCCUCCUUGCUUACAACAACCUACCCACCAAACGCUACUCAGGCACCGCCACCUGAUUCGUCAGAAUCAAACACCAUCUAUGAUAUUUCUGACUUCUACUCGGGCAUUCUGUCCCUCAUCCUCGGUUUGCUUGUUGCCAACAUUAUCUCCAUUUUUACAGGUGUAGUUAAUCCGCAGACUCUGAGGACGGGUGUCGUGGCUCCUCAGUGUGAACGCUUCUACAAAUACCUUUGGCUGAAGAUAAAUGGAGAAAGAAAUCCGCACAUCCAGAAAGAAAUAAUUUCCAAUAGCUAAAAAUCUGCAGAAACUUUGAUAUGAAAUAAGAUAAUGUAAUUUUAUAUAUAUAUAUAUAUAUAUAUAUAUAUAUAUAUAUAUAUAUAUAUAUAUAUAUAUAUAUAUAUAUAUAUAUAUAUAUAUAUAUAUAUAUAUAUAUAUAUAUAUAUAUAUAUAUAUAUAUAUAUAUAUAUAUAUAUAUAUAUAUAUAUAUAUAUAGAGGGAAUGCAAUAGAAAAACACUUCACUUUAGUGUUGAAUUAUGAAGCAGAUCUCAUAAUAGCCGAAUCUCUAUUAAUUCAUCAAUAUACU